ACCCAUCGGUUUCUGGGACCAAUUAGAAUGGUUAGAAUGUGUUUGCUUUCUAGAAAUCGUCAGGUAGGUACUCAGUUCCAGACUCAUUGCGGAGACUAAACUAAAGUCCGUGGGUGUGGCAUAGCGUUUGGCCGGAGCAAGGGUCAGAGAAAAUGUAACUAAUCGUUCGUUCUUGAAUAUGAAAAGGAACAUUUGCCCGACAAUAACAAAGCAGUGUGCCAUGCAUUUGCAGUACCAGUUUGCUACUUGAUUUUUCUCAGAAUUCCAUGUACUAUAUUUCACAAAGGGACAUUCCUCCAAUAACUUUUGAGUGGAUUGGACAAGUAAUUAUGUGUAGCAUUCAGAUUUAUUCUCACCUCUUUUCACUUCUCUCUCUCCCACGCAGGGUUUUCCAGAGCUGGCAAGCCUACACCGGCCCUGCCCUAGCACGUAGGCACAAAGGUGCCAGGUUCCAUCUUGGCAGAGCCAGGAGGCUGGUGGCCCUGUGUUUUACCCACUGGAGGAGUGAGCUGGAGCAGGCUCGAAACAGACUGAAGGUCCUGGAGCAGAGACUGAAACACAUACACUUCAAACUCACUGCUGUCACCAUGAACCACUGGAGAACGGCCACUAGAGGGUGCAUAGUGCUCAAACACUUCAACAGAGGGACAAUACGUCAGGUGCAGCAUCCCUUCCCUUUAUACACACAGGUCCCAUCUAGACACAACCCUAAGGGUUUAACCCUUUUUGCACAUGCACAUUUGAGAGGGCUGCUGAAAAACAUAGAAUUAGAUGAUUGUCAAAUAAUUCAAUAUCAAUGAUUUGCAUUCUAUUUCUAUGGGCGAAAACAACCAGCCACACCAAGCCAAUCCGAGAAAAAGGAGCUAGGAAAGAAUUUACAAUACUAUAUUUCUAAUCCUAAUCAAAUUCUUUCAAUUUCAAACAACUUCUCACUGGAUAGGCAGGGGUAGAGGUUGUUUCUGGACAGAGUCGUAUUCACAUAUUUAGCAGGAACUAAAGGAAGGUGACAUCUUCAUGAAUCAAAAUKAAAAUGACUUUGGUGUCAACCUAACAAGACUCAUUCAAUCUGUAUUGUGCUUUCCCAUCAGUAAGUAGCCAGUGUGUGUUUGUUUUAGUGUUUUGAUCACUGGAGGGAGAGGACACGCACAUCCAGAGCAGUCACUAUACUACGUGUACAGAGAGAGAGGAGAGGGGCACGUGAAGUUCUGCUAUGCUGGUGGAAGUGGACCAAAGAGUCUAGAUGCCAGAGGCAGAUGGAGGAGGCAGUGUGGCUGUGGCUGGAGGGUCGCAGAGUGACCAGAGCCUUCCAACUGUGGCUCAGAGUCCACCAUCGCCACCAAGAGGCCUCACGGCUGGGCCAGACUCAACUAAUGCGCAGGUCUUUUCAGGUCUGGCGAGGGGUAGUGAGGGAGAGCCGGUCAACUUUUCAGACGACAGAGUCACGGCUACGCACCCACCAGACCCAAUCAGCUUUCAGUGUCUGGAGGAGGCGCACCGUGUCCCAUAAUCUCUUAAGUGACCUGGUCCAGAGAACAAAAUCCAGGCAGAGGAGGAGUCUGCUGAGAUCAUCACUCCACACCUGGCACCAAGAGGUCCAGUUGUGUAAAAGACGAUCUCUACACCUCUCACAGAAGUACUUUUCCUGUUGGGUGAACAGAAUUGGCAUCAGACGCAUUGAAAGGAAGAAUCAGUUGGAGGCUAGACUGAGGGAGUGUCUACGGCGGUGGCGUUUAGGUGUGCUGCUGAAAAGAGCUCGGAGGAGACUCGCCCAGGUGUUGUGGGUCAGCUGGAGAGACCAGACCGCUACUGCACUCCUACUCACGACCCUGCACACUGACCGACUGCAGCAGGGGGCGUGGCUGACUUGGAGGAAGAGACGCAUCAGAACCCGGGUGUCUGAGACCUUUGCCGCGCAACUGGACCACGCCCUCAUUGCGCAGGUGUUCAACAUGUGGCGGCAGAAGCAUGCUCUUCGCUCCACAGCGACCGACACGUGACCUACAGUAUAGGGAGAAGUCGCUGUCCACGCCUGUCCUCUGCUCCGUCAACCCUUGACCUCUUACCUCUCCCCCCAACUCCUAGCCCCUAUAUGGUAGGGGAGAUCACGAGUAGUGUGUGACUUUUCACCAUACUACCAGCACAGCACUUCAUAUUUCAAAAUAGAGGUUCACUUUUUGGUUUCUUGGGUGAAUGUCAUCUGGCAACAGUCAUUGCUCACAUUUCAAAUGUAUUGUUUUGAAAGCAUGUGCCAACCAUUCUCAUAGAUGUUGGCUUUUACCUCCUUUGACAUUGGAGAGCUCCUUUGAAUGUUCUUAGAAGAGGGGAAAAUAAUGAGAACAGCUUCGAGACAUAAUAGAUACACUGUUCAUAUGUCACACUAUUAAUCCUGGAAAGCAGCACACUGUGCGUGAGUGACACUAUUAUAACGAAUUUAACUCCAGUAUUUGAAAUUCUUUC